CCGACUGCAAAAAUAUUUCUCAAUGAUAAUUCCGGUCUCCCCUUCUUCCUCCACCAUAUUUAGCUUGCAACUCAAAGAUAGCUGCCAUAGAAACCCUAGCAAUGGCGAAGACCCAUGCCGAAGAGCAAGACCGACAGCAGUAUGGAGUCCUCCUCUACUACAAGUACACCGAAAUCCCCGACCUGAACGGUCUCGUUGCCUUCUACGAGUCCAACUGCAACUCCCUCGGUCUCCUCGGCCGUGUCCGCCUCUCACCACAAGGCGUCAAUGUCACUGUUGGUGGGGAGUUGUCCUUGCUGGAGAAACACAUUGCUGCUGUCAUGUCAAAUAUUUUGUUUGAAGGGACUGACUUCAAGCUCGCGACUUGUGAUCACCCAUUGAAUGACAAGGUUGCAAAGGAAUGUGGAUUCACUGCUCUUUCUAUUCGAGUCGUCAAGGAUCUGGUUACACUUAGUUCUCAACCCCUGUUAAAGUCACCUGAAAUUUCUAAUGCUGGGACACAUCUCUCUGCAGUUGAUUUUCAUUCUGCCCUUCAGAGUGCUGGAAAACUUUUGAAGAAAGAAAGUCCUGCAGACCCCGAAGGACUUGUUUUAUUGGAUGCAAGGAAUUUAUAUGAGACAAGAAUUGGGAAGUUCCAUGCACCAAACGUGGAAACUUUAGAUCCGGGAAUUAGGCAGUAUAGUGAUCUGUCCUCAUGGAUUGAUGAUAACUCUGAGCAAUUGAAAGGGAAAAGUGUUCUUAUGUACUGCACUGGCGGGAUUAGGUGUGAGAUGGCAUCGGCCUAUAUUAGGUCUAAAGGUGCUGGGUUUGAGAAUGUGUUUCAGUUAUUUGGUGGGAUACAGCGUUAUUUGGAACAAUUUCCGGAUGGUGGUUUUUUCAAAGGAAAGAAUUUUGUUUUUGACCAUCGGAUAUCAGUUGGGAGCUUGGAUGCGAGUGUCAUUUCCACCUGCCUACUUUGUGGCUCUGCAUUUGAUGAUUAUUCUUCACGCUGCCGAUGCACCCAUUGUAGGAUGCUAGUUUUGGUCUGUGUUAGUUGCAGGCAGAAGGAGAAAUCUCUAUAUGUUUGUGAGCUUUGCCAGAAACACGGGAAGGGUUUUGGAUCAGUGCCAUUAAUUGAAAAUGGCGAAACACAAGCAGUAUCAUCAGAAGAGCUUAAAACUGUUUUGUCAGAUACAGAGCUCUUACGUCAAGUGCCAUGGAGCCUUGAUAACCAACCUCGGAGAAAAAUAAAAAUCUUAUGCCUGCACGGCUUUCGGCAGAAUGCCUCCAGUUUUAAAGGAAGAACUGCAUCAUUAGCCAAAAAGCUCAAAACCUUUGUUGAGCUCGUAUUUGUUGACGCACCUCAUGAAUUACCAUACAUCUACCAGCCCUGCUUCACAGAGUCGCAUGGAGAUUGCACAUCACCUUCAUUAGAACGAACCCAGCCUCCACCAUCUGAGAAUUGCAAGAAAAAGUAUGGAUGGUUAGUGGCACCUGAUUUCAAUGGAAGGAGUGAAGCAGAUUGGAAAAUUGCAGAUUGUCCAUUUGAUCCUCUCCAGUACCAGCAACAAACUGAUGGCUUUGAGGCAUCACUGGCAUACUUGAAGACCGUGUUCUCUCAGGAAGGGCCAUUUGAUGGGAUAUUGGGAUUUUCUCAGGGAGCUGCAAUGGCUGCUGCUUUAGUUUCUGCACAAGAAGGGAGGCUAAAAGGUGAAAUGGAUUUCAGAUUUGUGAUUCUGUGCUCUGGGUUUGCUCUUAAAUUACCAGAGCUUGAGUGUAAACGGAUCAAUUGCCCGUCGCUUCACAUUUUCGGCAGUGACCAUGGGAAGGACAGGCAGAUUGCAAACCAGGCUAGCAGGGACCUUACUUCUUUGUUUGAUGAUGGUUGCCGUGUGAUUAUUGAGCAUGACUGCGGUCAUAUCAUUCCUACGCGGUCUCCUUAUAUUGAUGAGAUCCGAAAUUUUCUUCAACGGUUUCUUUAAUUGGUACUCUUGAGUGCAAGAUUUAGGCCUUUUUUUUUUUUUUUGCAACGAGUGAACUACAAAUAAGAAUUAGUACUGGGAUUAAUCUUUAAAUAUUUUAGUCUUUAUAUUUAGCCAAAAUCUUGUGAGUAGAUUUAUUGAUGGCGAGGGCAUGGUGAUCUAAUGGCCUAAAUGCUAUGGAUGUGAAUAUUUUUUGUAUAAUUAUAAUUGGUUUCACAAAUAAGUGGUGUGUUUAGAGCGUUUGUAA